AUAUGGAAGCUGCAAAAUGAGGAGGGCCCAAAGAUCAAAGAACAAGGAGGAAAGGCCUGCAAAGAGGAGAAAAACGGGGACAGAAGAAAGCCAAAUGGUACUGGACAUAACGCAAAACGUGACUGCAACAGUCCUUUCGGAGCUUCAAAAAGCAGGUACAAGAGUUUCUACAUUUGGCACCAGAUGCACGAAGGGAGCCGUCAGCAAUUCCAGAGGAAUUGAUGCCAAACAACUUUUGGACAACAUUGCAAAAUUGGCCUCAGCUGCAUUAGCCCCUUCUACAAAACUUACUUAUAAAAGAGCAUGGACAACAUUUGAUACAUUCUCUGGGUCUUUUAAGAUACCCAACAGUGUCCCAUUCAGUGUAACUACAGUGGCUCUUUUUGUGUCAUAUUUGUUUCAAGAAGCCUUCUCUCCCAGAACAAUAUCAACAUAUUUGUCUGCAAUAGCUUAUGCUCAUAAGAUGUUGAACUUUGAAGAUCCAACUCGUGCAUUUGUCAUUCAAAAGUUAGUGGCAGGGGCUUAUCGACUAGGCAAUACAUUCGAUAUUCGUUUACCCAUUACCACAAAUAUACUGAAUCGUCUUCUUGACGUUAUCCCAGAUGUUAUUAACGAUAAGUAUACACAAUCAUUGUUCAAAGCGCUAUUUCUGUUUGCAUUUUCAUCAUUUGCUAGAAUAGGAGAGCUGAUAUGUGCAGCCCCUGAGAAAGCUAGUGAUGUAGUACAAUUAGCAGAUGUAACACUUUCCUCUGUUAAGGGUAAAAUCACUGCUAUAAAUGUGUGUUUCAAAAAAUUCAAACAUAACUCUAAUGGGGUACCAAAGGUCAUCUCCUUUGCUCAUGGUGAUUGUAAAAUUUCGGCUAUAUCAGCAACCACUGAUUAUUUGAAAGUUAGAACAAAUUGCCAAGGUCCAAUGUUUGUUUCAAAUACAGGAUCACCCAUUCUGCGUACCACUUUCGACAGAACUUUGCGGAGUUGCUUACGCCUUUGUAAUUUGGAUAGUUCACGUUAUAAGGGUCAUAGUUUUCGUAUCGGGGCUGCUACUGUAGCAGCAGAUAAAGGCCUAUCUGAUGCCCAAAUCAGGUCAAUGGGUAGAUGGCAUUCAAAUGCUUUCUUAAAGUAUAUCCGCUCUAAUAUGUAAGAUACCACAAAUUGUACCAUGACAAGGGCUUUUCCCCUGCUUAGCCAUAUAACCCCGUUUACUUAAAUGCCAAGUUACCUGCUUGGGCUGGUAGCUCUCAUUUAUUUCAUCUGUUAGAAGAUUAUUCUGUUUCCUGUUGGGUAUGGAACCAGUUCUUAAUUUUUGUUGCCUGACAUUUGUGACCUGAAAGUUGCUUGCUGGGGCCAGCAGCUUUUCUUAAAUUUUGUUGCGUGACAUUUGUGAUCUGAAAGUUGCUUGCUGGGGCCAGCAGCUUUUCUUAAUUUUUGUUGCCUGACAUUUGUGAUCUGAAAGUUGCUUGCUGGGGCUAGCAGCUUUUCUUGUUUGGAACAUGAAAGACUGUAAAACACCACAAUUCCCCAAUUUGAAGUUAAGUGUAUACAUGUAAUGACUUGUUACUUGCUUGGGGCUAGUGACUUAAUGUAUAUAAUACCUCAGUGCACAAUUUAAGUUUUAUUCCUUAGAGUUAAACUGUUUUGGGAUUUUUAAUCAAUUUGUACUUACUUCUAGUCAUUAAUAAAAUUUGAAUGAAGUUUUAGAACAGGUUUUUUGGUUUGCUUGUGAUACUCUUCGAGUUGGAGCUUAACCGGUUGAGACCUUGUUUCAUAUUCAUGCGUGGCUUCUGGUGGGGUAGUUUCAGAGAUUUGGCAAAUCUCCUCAACUUUUGGAGCCUUUGGACCUCACCUUCUGCCACUUACAAUGAUUUUUCUAGUCAUGUAUGUUUGCAUACAAGUAUUUUGGAAUAUUGUAAUUUUGAUGUAUUAUACCACUUAUUGUGUUUGCAAUGGUUAUAGUUACAAAACUUCUAAUAUACAGGUUUGUCAUUCUAGACUUGUACAUUUUGCUAAUGCCUGUAAAUUGUAAUUGGUCUCAACCGGUGUUUGCUUGCCACAUUUUGUUUUUUGUAUAUACUAGCUUGAAAUAUAUCAAGUCUUAAUAAACAACAAUUUCAACAUAUACAUGUGUGUUAAGUUAUAGUAUUCUAGGUUACUGUUCAUUUAAUUUUUGCUGGAAAGAGGAAGCAUAAAUAUCAUUUAUGACAGUAAAUAAUUUUAUGCUGACGAAUGAUUUAAUAUUGCAAGUUGUGUUCAUUUUGUGUUAUGUUCAACAUAUAUAUUGUUUAUGUAGUAAAUUAGUUGUAACUGUAAACCAUUAUAAGGGCCUAUGCAAUUUUUCCCUGCUGGGAGCCUCAGGUUCAAUGAUGCAAUCUGAUUGGUCGAGAGUUAGCGUCACUUUAUACAGUUUGUAAGACAGUAGACAUUUUUUGUGAGGAGGCUGAGAAAAAUUUUUUAAACCCUCCCACCUCUCCCAUUUUUUAUAAAAAAGAAUUUGAGCUAUGAGCCUUUGGACCUCACCUUCUGCCACUUACAAUGAUUUUUCUAGUCAUGUAUGUUUGCAUACAAGUAUUUUGGAAUAUUGUAAUUUUGAUGUAUUAUACCACUUAUUGUGUUUGCAAUGGUUAUAGUUACAAAACUUCUAAUAUACAGGUUUGUCAUUCUAGACUUGUACAUUUUGCUAAUGCCUGUAAAUUGUAAUUGGUCUCAACCGGUGUUUGCUUGCCACAUUUUGUUUUUUGUAUAUACUAGCUUGAAAUAUAUCAAGUCUUAAUAAACAACAAUUUCAACAUA